AUGCAAAGUUCGCGUAAUGCAAUCGACAUUAGCAGUGCUUCGGUAGUUGAUCUCAAAGCAGAACUUUUUAAACAAAAAGAAGAAUUCAAACAACAAAAGGCUGCAGCGGGUGAUAAACCAAUAUCUGCAGCAUCUCGAUUACGAGGAAAGAAAUUGGGAGCAUGGGCUCAAAAUAAAGGAGUUAGCGAAAGGGCUAAGCGUGAUCAAGCUGCUCUCGAUGAAGAUGGAGAACCAACUCUUGAAGCGAGUCGAAUAGCAUUAGAGAAAAAAGCAAAAUUAUAUGACAAGUUGAAAAAGACAGGAAUAGAAGAUGAAACACUUGCUGAAGAGAUAUUAGUUGAUUUUGAUCGUAAGGCAUUUGAAGAAGUAUCGGAUGACAAUGAUAAAGAUGAAAAUGAUAAACAAGACGAAAAAAAUGAAGAAGAUCCUUGGGUAGAAUACGUUGAUGAAUUUGGACGUACGCGCGUAGCAAGGAAAAGUCAAGUCCCAAAAGAACCAUCACCGCCACUGCCUUCUAGUAGUAACAACAUGUCACUAGAAGAUGACAACGAGUAUCAACCUACAAUGAUGUCGGCUGAUAUGUACAUGGAGCAAGAACGGCUACGAUGGGAAAAAGAAGCUUUAGAAGAGCUGAAGAGAGGUCCUCAGCAUUAUGACGAGACUAAAGAAAUUCGAACAAAGGGUGUGGGGUUCUACCGGUUUUCAAAGGACGAACAAGAGCGUCAGGAGCAAAUGCGUGCAUUGAAAGAGAUGCGAAAUGAGACUCUACAAAAACGAGCCCUCAAACAAAAUAUCAAGGACAAACGAAAAUUACAACUAGAAGCACGAAUGGCGUUAGUUCGCGCCAAGAAAUUAAAAACUACCGAAGCCUCGAGUAGCACUACCACCGUUAUAUCUGAAACGUCAGCUGAUAAUAUUGUUAAUAAAUUAUUACAUUCCUCUUCCCCGACGAUUUCAAAUGAUAAUAUGGUCCUGUUGCAAACCUCAGCAGAAUCAGAGGUUUAUGAAGAAGAUAAUGAAAAGGCUGUUAUCGAUUUAUUAGCGAGUAUAAGAAAGCAGGUAUCAACCGCAUCAACUGGUACCGUGGAGAAAACAUUUCGUGGUGCCGCCAAGCUUCACGACGUGCCCACGGGUCGUGAUACUUCUUUGUGGGUAUUUGGUUGUAUUGUUUCCAGUGUGGUGUAG